CCCGGGCGCGAGUCAGCUGAUGCGCAAGGGUUUGAAGCUGCACAACGAGGGAACGCGAUCGCUGUGACAGCGGCGGGCGCUGUGGCCCCGGCUGCCCAGCCGCGCCCACUGGCGUCCGGCGCUCCCCGCCCGGAAUGGCAGCCCCCGGGGGCCGGUGCGGCUCAGAGACCGAGCCCCUCCUGACCCCCGGCCUUGGGUAUGGGACCCAGACGGGGGCUGCGCCAGCCCCUCCCGCCUCUCUGGACGAGGAGGACCUCCGCCGCCGUCUCAAGUACUUCUUCAUGAGUCCCUGUGACAAAUUUCGGGCCAAGGGUCGCAAGCCCUUUAAGCUGAUGCUGCAGGUGGUGAAGAUCUUGGUGGUCACGGUGCAGCUCAUCCUGUUUGGGCUCAGCAACCAGGUGGCAGUGACGUUCCGAGAGGAGAACACCAUCGCCUUCCGCCACCUCUUCCUCCUGGGCUACUCUGAUGGGGCGGACGACACCUUCGCAGCGUACACACGGGAGCAGCUCUACAAGGCCAUCUUCUACGCCGUGGACCAGUACCUGAUGCUCCCUGAUGUGUCGCUGGGCCACUACGCAUAUGUGCGGGGUGGGGGUGGCCCCUGGGCCAAUGGCUCAGCCCUGGCCCUCUGCCAGCGAUACUACCACCGUGGCCAUGUGGACCCAGCCAACGACUCCUUUGACAUCGACCCGAUGGUUGUCACUGAUUGCAUCCGGGUGGACCCCCCCGAGAGACCCCUUGUGCCCCCCGGUGAUGAUCUCUCCCUCUUGGAUGGCAGCACCAGUAGUUACAAGAACCUCACGCUCAAAUUCCACAAGCUGAUCAACGUUACCAUCCACUUCCAGCUGAAGACCAUCAACCUUCAAAGCCUGAUCAACAACGAGAUCCCAGACUGCUACACCUUCAGCAUCCUGAUCACGUUUGACAAUAAGGCAUACAGCGGGCGUAUCCCCAUCAGCUUGGAGACUCAGACCCACAUCCAGGAGUGUAAGCACCCCAGCGUCUUCGGGCACGGAGACAAUAGCUUCCGGCUCUUGUUUGAUGUGGUCGUGAUCCUUACCUGCUCCUUCUCCUUCCUGCUGUGUGCCCGCUCCCUGCUCCGUGGCUUCCUGCUGCAGAAUGAGUUUGUACGGUUCAUGUGGCAGCAGCGGGGACGAGCCAUCAGCCUGUGGGAGCGGCUGGAAUUUGUCAAUGGCUGGUACAUCCUGCUGGUCACCAGUGAUGUGCUCACCAUCUCGGGCACCAUCAUGAAGAUUGGCAUCGAAGCCAAGAACUUGGCCAGCUACGACGUCUGCAGCAUCCUCCUGGGCACCUCAACGCUGCUUGUCUGGGUCGGCGUCAUCCGCUACCUGACCUUCUUCCAUAAGUACAAUAUCCUCAUUGCCACACUGCGGGUGGCCCUGCCCAGCGUCAUGCGCUUCUGCUGCUGUGUGGCUGUCAUCUACCUGGGCUACUGCUUCUGCGGCUGGAUCGUGUUGGGGCCCUACCAUGUGAAGUUCCGCUCACUGUCCAUGGUAUCAGAGUGCCUCUUCUCGCUCAUCAAUGGGGAUGACAUGUUCGUGACGUUCGCAGCGAUGCAGGCCCAGCAGGGCCGCAGCAGCCUUGUCUGGCUCUUUUCCCAGCUCUAUCUCUACUCCUUCAUCAGUCUCUUCAUCUACAUGGUGCUGAGUCUCUUCAUCGCACUCAUCACCGGUGCCUAUGACACCAUCAAGCACCCGGGCGGCGCAGGCGCGGAGGAGAGCGGGCUCCAGGCCUACAUCGCGCAGUGCCAGGAUAGCCCCACAUCCGGCAAAUUUCGCCGCGGGAGCGGCUCGGCUUGCGGCCUGUGCUGCUGCUGCAGGGACGCCUCGGAGGAGCAUUCGCUGCUGGUGAAUUGACCUGGAUCACGACUGCCACUGGACUUUAGCCCCAGGAUCCCGGUCUCGGGAGAGCCUUGCCUAUUUAUUUUUAGGGUCUUUAAGGACCGGCUUCCUGUAGCACCCUGUGAGGAUGUGGGCCAGUUGGGCGGGACAAGGGU